AUGGCUACGAGCCUGGCGCACAUAUUGAAGCCGAUGAAGGCUGGGACGCCGAUAAAUGGCCGUCUUGGAAUCAUGCGAAAAGGCCAUCAGCGGCAGGGACUCCCGCCUCCCGACGAGGACGGAGCCCGCCAACAGUAUCUGGCUGGGGGAGUUGCUGCACUAGAUCUAACCGCCGUCAAAGACUUCAUUCGAUUCUACAUCUCCACUUGCUUUCCAGUGCUGGAGGGAGGGCUCCCGAAUCCGACGUCGACCCCCGAUGCCAUCUGUACCGUGGCCGAGUUUCUCUUCGCCGGCCUUUUUCGGUCUACUAAAUCCGCAAGACCGGGGUGA